AUGCCUGCUCGAUUCCCGUUCAAGCCCGCUACCUCGGUUAAUGAAGCCACCAAGCCUCUCGAGGCAUGCGAGCUUCUGAUAGCAGACUCUCAACGGCAAAUCUGGGCCGUUGGGAACAGAUUCAUGAUCAAGGUCAAACCAUAUCAUGCCGGUUGUAAAGUCGAGAUCGAUAAUGUGAGUCUGGUCCAAAGGCACACUAACAUGCCUGCUCCUACCAUUAUACGCUCCUGGAAGGAUGAUGAUCGCUUCUUCACUCUACAGAAACGAGUACCAGGUGAGACCCUCGAAGCCGCAUUGCCCCGGCUUACCCAGCAAGAUCUGACAAAAAUCGGGGAGGACCUUGGCCAGCAUCUUUACAAGAUGCGCAGGAUACAGAAUACAAGAAUGGAAAUGGUCAAUGGUACCGGUGUAGUCGACUGGAGAUUGCUCAAGCCUGUGCCCGAGGCAAGAGCCGACAGAUAUUCGGUAGAAACCGACGGACAACUCGCAGGACUUCUUGCCCACCGCAUUCGAGGCCAUCUCGAGGAAAGUCUUUUAGAAGAGUUCAUGAGCCAAAUGCCAUCGGGUCAGCCAUACACAUUUAGUCACUCUGAUCUCCAUGAGGGCAACAUCAUGGUCAAGGAUGGCAAGUUCAGUGGCCUGAUUGACUGGGACCUGGCUGGCUACUAUCCGAUUUGGUGGGAGUCGGUCAAUGCAACGUCUCUACUCGAUCCUUACCUCUCCCCUGGAUUGGCUUGCCCUCAGGCGCUGCGAUGGUUUAAUGUCUAUCAAGCAAUCCGUGAUGCGCCGGGAGAGGCAGAAACCUUGGAGAAACUGGGAAAUUAUCUGUACAAGCAUGAGUAA